AUGACUCUGCAUGGGACUCGAUACUUUUACGACAACGCCUCAAAUCGAGAAGGGCGUUCGAGAAAGCGGUCUCGCGAACGACCAUCACUUUCGCAUGCCAUGAAUCCUCACAGCCAGUUCAUCACCCAUCCGACCGGCGAGACUACGCACUUCAUAGCCGACUGCCACGCAGAUCCCUGGAAACCGUGCGAGACAGUCUUGUUGCAAGGCGGCUUUGGUCGUCAUUCGGCUUUCUUCUAUCACUGGAUUCCAGCACUCUCACGCCACUACAAUGUCAUUCGCCGGGACCUCCGUGGUCACGGCUUGUCCAGUGCGCCAUCAAUUCGAGACAAGCCAGAGUCAUACACGUUAGACACCAUCUUGGCAGAAAUUGUCGAUACCCUCGACCAGCUGAAAGUUGACAAGGUGCACUUCUUCGGUGAGAGCACGUCAGGAAUACUAGGCGAGAUAUUCGCUGCUCGUUACCCCGACCGCUUGCUCAGUUUGACCAUCUGCUCGAGCCCUACUCAUCUCCCUCAGGCCGCACUCGACCUUUUCGCAAUGGGUCAACCGUCUUGGCCGGAGGCGUGCCGGACACUAGGUUCUAGAGGAUGGGGCCAGGCGCUCUCCGAACGUCCAGGAACCAUGGCUUCAAAAGACCGAGGCUAUCGAAAGUGGUGGCUCGAUCAAGUAUCCAUCAGCAGCGGCGAAGGGUUAGGGAGCUAUGCCGAGUUCCUUUGUACGAUCGACUCGAGGCCCGUGUUGGGAAGCAUCAAGGUCCCAAUGCUGAUACUGGCCCCGACGAACAGUGCCGCAACUACUGUAGCUGCACAGAAGGAGAUCCAGCGGCAGAUCGGGAGUCAUUGUCGACUGGUUGAGGUCGACGGCCCAGGGCACGAGAUCUACAUGGACGCAGCGGACGAUUGCAUCUCUGCAUUCUUGGACUUCAUCAAGUCAGUCAAGAGAUGA